UGACUUUGGCAUCUUUGCGAAGGGUCACAUUGAACUACUGCUGCUCCAGGGCAGUCUUUAGGAGUCGGCACCAUGGCUGAAGACAUCAAGACCAAAAUCAAGAACUACAAAACUGCCCCCUUUGACAGCCGCUUCCCAAACCAGAACCAGACCAGGAACUCCUGGCAGAACUAUCUGGACUUCCACCGCUGCGAGAAGGCAAUGACCGCCAAGGGGGGUGAUGUCUCCGUGUGUGAGUGGUACCGGCAUGUGUACAAGUCCCUCUGCCCUGUAUCAUGGGUCUCAGCCUGGGAUGACCGCAGAGCAGAAGGCACAUUUCCUGGGAAGAUCUGACCUGCCUCCACCCAC